CAUAUCAUGUCCAUAGAUUUGAAUACAAUUCAAACCAGCCAGCGCUCUUGUUCCCAAAGGUUUCCCGCCCAUCUGGCUGACGACACCGUUGCUACCCAGCCCUGCCCAGCCUGAGCCCAACCGCUGGAAAACCCAAGAUCCUCCCGGACACGUCACACACGAUUUGGUAUCCCGUAAGCACUCACCUUCCUUCCUCUCUUCCAUAGUACCCAUUCUGCGAGCCCUUCAUGGCUGAAAUAUAUGCACCCAGUCUUGAGACGUCUGUUCCAGACGACCUUACUUUGCCCCAGUUUAUUCUCGACUCGUCCCAUCCAUUGAGGCCCAUUCCGUCAAGCCAUGUGCCAUGGUUCAUCGAAGACGCCAGUGGAAGAGGGGUUGGACAUGAAGAGGUCCGUGCAAGAACUUAUGGCCUUGCGAAUGGCCUGAGCCUGCGGUUUGGACUCAAGGAGAACGACUUGGUGGUCAUCUUCAGCCCAAACCACAUUGACUAUCCGGUGGGCAUAUGGGCAACGCAUCGACUAGGCGGUAUCGUGUCAUGCGCAAAUCCAGCUAAUAAUAUCGACGAAUUGCUGCACCAGCUCAAGGUGGUUCAUGCGUCUUUGAUUAUCGCGCAUUCCUCUUCUUUGCACACCGCUUUGGGCGCUGCCCAGGCUGCCGGUUUACCAUCCGAGCGCGUUAUUACUUUCGAUGAGUCAAAUCAGAUGACGGUAGACACUCUCAUUCAGCAAGGGCUACGGAGCGAGCCAAAUUUCGUUGAGCGAAGGCUGCGGAAAGGAGAAGCAAAAACGAAAGUCGCAUUCCUCAGUUUUUCGAGUGGUACAACGGGAAAACCUAAGGCCGUCGCGAUAUCACACUUUGGUCCUAUCAUGAAUGUGAUUCUGAUGGCUGAGCACCAGAAGGUUAACAAGAACUAUGCUCCUUGGGAAGAACAGAGGUUUCGACCAGGGGAUGUGCUCGCAGGAGCGCUACCUUUUUUUCAUAUUUAUGGCCUGGUGUUAGCGCUUCACUUUAUGCCAUUUUGUAGCAUCUCAGUUGUGGUAAUACCCAAGUUCAACUUCACCGAGUUCCUAGACAGUGUUGUGAGACAUCGCAUAAACCAUCUUCAACUUGUACCACCUCAGAUCGUGUUGUUGUGCAAGCACCCUGCUAUGAAAAAUUACAACCUAGAUUGUGUCAGGCUCGUGAUGUGUGGAGCUGCCCCCCUCUCUGCCUCUCUUGUUGAUCAGCUGGUGAAGAUUCUGCCGAAUGCGGAGAUAGGUCAAGGUUAUGGCAUGACCGAGGCCUCCGGUACUAUUGCUAUGUUUUCCGUGGACACAAAAAUUGGCGUUCUCGGAAGUGCCGGGCGCCUGGCGCCUGGUAUCGUUGCCAAGGUCAUCAAACAUGAUGGAACCCUAGCAGGAUUCAACGAACCUGGAGAGCUUCAGGUGAAAAUUCCAUCAGUAGCCCUGGGAUAUCUAAACAAUGAUGAAGCUACGAAGGAGACCUUCGUCGAUGGUUGGUUGCGUACUGGUGACGAAGUUGUCAUACGCGAGGACCUUGAAGUGUUCAUUGUUGAUCGCCUGAAGGAAAUCAUGAAAGUCAAAGGGUUUCAAGUCGCUCCCGCAGAGCUGGAGGGCUGUCUUCUCGAUCAUCCUGAUGUUGCAGACACAUGUGUGGUGCCAAUUUCCGAUAGCUACAGCGGGGAGCUUCCGAUGGCGUUUGUGGUGCUUCAUGCUAACGCAGUCAAGAGGAUCGCCGUGGAUCCUGCUGAAGUCGAGAGGGUUAAAGUAUCCAUCAAAAAGCACGUGGCAGACAACAAGGUCACAUAUAAACAUCUUGCUGGCGGGGUGGAGUUUGUGGACGUGAUUCCAAAAAACCCGAGUGGGAAGUUGCUGCGUCGGGUGCUGCGCGAUCGGGCGCGCGACUUGGUACAGCUGAAAUCGAGGUUGUGAAUGGAUCGCUAUGUCAUAAUAUGCAUCGUGAUUAACGUGUUUGCAUAAUCUCCUCGGUGUUGUACAUUCAGUAACUUAUCCAUGUUGUUUUCACACUCAACAGGCCUGUUUGUCUCGUCAUGAGGGCCCGUCAGAUC